CCACAGCUGCGCCGCAGGCUUUGGCGCGCACUAAGCAUUCAGACGUACAUCACGUUGGACCAGACAACGGUGUGCAUGUUCGUAAGCACCGGUCACCGAGCAAGAGACCGAGAACCGUAUGCAUACGUAUAAAGCUGGACGUCAAGCCCUGCCCACCUUACAAGAUCUCCACACAAAUAUGACUCUCAUCGGAAAGUUGUAUGGCCAUAUCCUCCAACCUCAAACAAAAGUGAUCAUGAGUGUAGCGGCAUUGUCCAACCUCGAAAUCGAUCUCUUACCGUUUGAAUACGGCGUCACGAACCAAUCCCCCGAGUUUAUACAGAAAUUUCCACUGGGGAAGAUCCCUGCCUUCGAAAGCCUCAAUGGGUUCAAACUGACAGAGGGCGCAGUCAUCGCACGUUAUGUGAGCUCUCUCGUUCCAGACGCAGGACUGCUGGGCCGCAAUGCAGAGGAAACCGCGCUCGUAGAUCAGUGGGUCCACUUUACUGAAUUCGAGAUCCAUAUGGACGCAAGCAUGAUAUACGCCGGUGCUGGCCUGAAUAUGCUGCCUGGGUAUAAUGCAGACCGACACAAAUGGCAUGAAGAGCGUAUCGUACGUUCCAUCAGGUUCCUCGAUAACUACCUGGAGAAACGUCCUUCUGGGUUGCUUGUCAACGACAACAUAACUCUUGCGGAUAUCUUUCUGGCCGUUGCUAUUCAACGGGUUGGCCAGACAGCCUGCGGAACUGCAGAGCGCGAACAAGCCUACCCACAUGUUUUCGCCCACCACGCAAAGGUGACGUCAGACAAGAGGAUUAAGGAUGUGUUUGGAGAACCCGAAUUCAUCGAGGAACGUCUUGUUUGUAACUGAACGCUGAGCGACGCUGACAGUACCGGGAGAUGGCAGGAAGAGGGAUGUUGCUACUUACGUAAUGGAGCAGCCGACCUUUGUUGCAGUGUGCCCUCGGAAAUUUAUGUACAGAGCAGUUGGACGUCGGACACCAGCUACCGAUCUGUAUCGUCGUUGUCAAACAAGGGUAUGUUCAAAUACCCUUUGAGAACGAGUCAGACAGCGAUGUCUUACCCUUGCGCAAGUGCAUAACUGGCAAACCUGCAUUUUCUGGAUCGA